UUGCAGUCAAUUUGUAAAAUUAUGCGGUAAGUCGUUUGCUCUUUUUUUUUUCUCUCAAGAAUGAAAUUUCAUCGACAGUACGACACUAGUCGAGUUUCUAUCAUGACGUCAAAAGAGAGUGAAUAUCGGUCGGUAAAAUUUAUGCGAAUUUUAAUGAAAAUAGUUGGCAUGUAUUAUACCGAAAAUCCUCGUGAACGAUUGUUGUUACGUGUCGCUUUGACAUACGCAAUUAUUGCAAUCUUAUUUGCACUCGCCGUAGAGUUCGUUGACCUGUAUCACUGUUUAGGAGAUUUUUCGGCUGUCAUGUACAAUUUAUGCUCAACAAUGCCCCUUGUUAUGGUUUUGGUGAAGAUUUCGAAUUUCUUAUUUCACUGGAACGUCAUGAUGUACCUAAUCUCAUUUGCGCAAAAUAAUUUCUGGUGUGAUCCUGACGACGACUUCACCCGCGAGACAAUGAAGCGUUGCGACAAAUAUGGAAAAAUAUUUGUCUACCUCUUCACAAAUUUGGUAUUGUUCGCAGUAUUGGAUUACAUCUUUGCACCAGUUGUGGAAAAUUUUCAUCGAAACGAAACCGACAGAAUUCUUCCAUUCACACUGUGGGUCAAUUUACCAGUCACUGUCACGCCUUAUUAUGAAAUCACUUAUACUAUACAGUCUUUGUCAACACUUUACACAGGAAUUUGUACGUGCUUCUUCGACAACUUCAUAUCAGUCCUAAAUAUUUACGUAGCUGGUCAGCUGGAAAUUUUGGGACAUCGUGUCGAAACUGUAGCAGACACGUGUAUAGAUAUCACCAUGAAGGAUUACGUGUCGGAGAAAUCAAAAUUGGGACUUUCGUUAACCUUGAAAAAAUUUAAAAGCUGUAUAAAUCAACAUCAAAUCCUGAUAUCUUAUAUAGAACAAAUGGAACGUGCUUUCACUUUGAUUCUACUUGGACAAUUAAUACUUUCCAGUUUUGUUAUCUGCGUCGGUGGUUUUCAGCUCAUGGCCACGAUGAGCUUCCUCCGGAAGUUUACAUUUAUCUGUCACUUCAUGGCUGGUCUCACGCAACUCCUACUGUACACUUGGAGCUGCAAUCAAAUAAGUGAAAAAAGUCUUUACAUCUCGCAAGCAGCUUACAACACGCGUUGGUACCUUCUGCCAUACGAUGAAACUGGAAAAUCGUUGAGAAACGGAAUAUUAUUUCUUAUGCUGAGGGCGCAGCGGCCGUGUCAGCUUACAGCAGGAAAAUUUUCACCAAUAACACUGCAAACAUUAACUGCGAUAUUAAGUACGGCUAUGUCUUAUUUUACAAUGCUACGACAAAUGAGCGAAGACGAUUUUGAUGGUCGCCAAGAGAAUAAUGUUGUGACAGUGACACAUGUGACUGAAAUGUCGCGCCGUACAGAUAUCGGUGUGUCGGUAAAAAUAAUAAAAUUUUCUAUGAAAUUAAUUGGGUUAUGGAAAGCUGAUAAUACAAUUGAUAAAGUUGUCACGAUUUUAAUUUAUACAUGUCUAUUAACUCUGAUGACCAUCGGCGUGAUGUUAUCGUUAAUAGACUUUUUUUACACUUUGGAUGACAUUUAUAGUGCUGUGAAUAUAUUUUGCGCAAUGAUUGCUAUUCUUAAUUUAAUCGGGAAAUUAACUAUCUUUGGUAUUAAUCGACAGAAAGUAUUUGACAUUAUUGACCGUAUAGAAGAUACUAUUGAAAAUGGAAAGAAAGAGGAAUACGGUAUAAAUGCGAUUAUAGAUUGUGAGCGUAAGUGCGUCGUGUUGGUAAUAAUCCUUGGAAUUCUAACUCAAGGGGCAACUGCGAAUUACGUGAUUCUUCCUUUCGUGGAAAAUUUCAAUGGAAACACGAGUGUAAAGAGUUUACCAAUCCAGAUCCAUGUUACUAAGCUCUCUCACAGCGAAUCACCGUAUUACGAAAUUGGAUUUGUUCUCGAGGCCGCGAUAGGCGUCAGCGCUGCAAUUUGUUCAGUUACGAUCAACAUAUUUUUGAUGACAACAAAUCUUCAUCUUGUAUGUCAAUUCGAAAUAUUACACAACAAAUUGAAAUGGACUUUUUCAAACGACUUGGAUAUAACGGAUUCCAAUAUCUCACGUUACGCUUUUGAAAAUUUAAAAAAGUGCAUUAAAAUUCACAUGAUGCUCAUCGACUACACUGCACAAAUAGAAAACGCUUGUUCGUAUAUGAUACUUGUGCAAAUGUUAUCGUCUGGCUUACUGAUGUGCACAUCUGGUUUUCAAAUAUUUUUCUUUUCUGGAACGAUACUAAAGUUCGUAUUUGGAACCUCUUUAUUCCUGACAAGUAUCGGAGAAUUUUUUCUCGUUUCUUGGUCAUGCAACGAGAUCAUAUUGGCGAGUGCAAAAGUUGGCGAUAGCGCCUACAAUACAACUUGGUACGGUCUUUCAGCAACUGGUUAUGGAAAAGCAUAUCGAGAUGGAUUACAAUUAUUAAUGAUGCGAAGUCAUCGUCCGUGUUACCUGACAGCUGGAAAAUUUUGCAUCGUAUCGUUGGAAUCCUUCAAUGCGGUGAUAACAACGGCAACGUCAUAUUUCGCGCUGUUGCGUAAAUUCGUGGACGAUGCUGAACUACGUAAUUAGUAAUUAAAAAAAAAACCACCUUGAUUGAUACACGUAUAGUCGUGUACUAUGAUUCCUAUGUAUUAUCAUUCUCGAAAAGCAUAAAUUAUUGUACUCGUCACAGAAGAAGAUUGAAAAAUUUAGAAAAUGCA